AUGUCACAAGACGACCGAUAUCAGAUGUCAUCAAACAUGUCAUGUCACCAGUCUGAUUUAAGUGACGACAGUCUCGGUGAUGACGAAGCAGACGAUGACACCAUUCUGAAUAUAGACGACUCCUUCCAAAGUGACGACGACUUGGCCGAAAACACCAGCUUGACUACGAGAGAAGAUACCAAUGGAUCAGGCGAUAACAGGGUCGAUGUUGGUGGACGAAGCCAAAACGGGGCCAUUAAACUCAAUAGUAAACCCGCAGCUUCACAUAAGCGGUUGCUAAGGACGCCAAAGUGUGCUCGGUGUCGCAACCAUGGCGUCGUUUCCUGUUUGAAGGGCCACAAACGGUAUUGCAGAUGGCGCGACUGUCAGUGCGCUAACUGUUUAUUGGUUGUGGAAAGACAGCGAAUUAUGGCGGCUCAGGUAGCACUUCGGAG